CAUGGAAUCAGUUAAGAACUUCCAUUACAAUCCAAGAGACAAAUCAUGAUCAAGUUGAUCGCAGUUCUGGUUAUCGCUUCCCUGGGCUUCACUGCUGUACAGAGUCAGGAGGAGCUCAAAUGCGGCACUUGCCUGGCAGAAAACGAGGUGCUUUGUGUAUCGGAGACAUCCUAUUAUUUUUGCUUUGAUGGCGUGUCACUUGGCGACGAGCAACAGUGCACUGGAGAUACCGUUUGCAGCAAUGCAGAAGAAAUCUGUGUGCCUAAAACUCAGAUAUCCGAAACAGUGAAGAAUGUAUGCGGAGAUGCUAGCAUCGGAGGCUGCGGCAAAUGUAUCACGGGCAAUAAAUACACCUGUGUGAGCCCUACGCAAGCAGCCCGUUGCGUAAAUAACGAAAUAGCUAGCAUCAUCAAUUGCAAGGGAGACGAGAUUUGCAUUGCAGACGUUGAGGUCGGUUCCGUCUGUGUGCCCCAGUGUGCCGCUGCCUAUCUGGGAAAGAAUGCCACUUGCAACGAGGAUGCCGAGUAUACCACACCAACUCCAGCGCCAAGCACAACGCCCAGUCCCGACGAACGUUCAAGAAUCUGCAAUGAGGCAUCGGAGGGUGUUACAGGAUUAUUUUUCUAUACACAUGCCGAUGAGAGCUGCAGGAACGGCGUCUAUUGUCAGAGGCCCAGUCUCUCCAGCACCGACUGGACAACCUUUUAUAGACCAUGCUCCGCUCCCACGCCUUAUUUCAAUACGCUCCUCAAAUAUUGUGUUGAAACUAAGCCGACAAACUGUCCAGUCCCUACCACAACUGUUGCCCCAGUUACAGACUCUUCUCUGGCCCCAGUGUCUCCCACAACAGUUCCGAGCACAACUGCGGCUCCAGUUUCGGAAUCAACUGCGGCCCCAGUUCCGAGCACAACUGCGGCUCCAGUUUCGGAAUCAACUGCGGCCCCAGUUCCGAGCACAACUGCGGCUCCAGUUUCGGAAUCAACUGCGGCCCCAGUUCCGAGCACAACUGCGACACCAGGUUCAACCUCCAGUUCAGCAACAGAGUAAUCCAGAGGUAACUAGCGGUCCAUAAUUGAAUCAAAUAAAAAAUAUGUAUAUAGAAAAUAUACUAAAAUACAUGCACAUUUAAUAACCAUUAUGCAACUUAUAUAAUUUUCAAUAGUAAAAUAAAAUAAUAAUUAAUUAACACAUAA